CCGCCCUUUCUCUAUGCCGCACUGCCUGCUUAAAAAGGCUGGUCGGGAGGCUGAGGCCGGCGCUGUCCUGAGAGGGAGGGCUCGGUGUGGAAGAGAUGUUGACAGAAGAUGUUGCUAAGAUAACCAAUACUAAAAGGAGGUGAAAUUUAUUAAUUGCUUUCUGUGAGGCACUCUGUUAAGUUCUUCACCAUGACCCAUAAGAUGAAUCGGACAAAGGGUGAUGAGGAGGAAUACUGGAACAGCUCCAAGUUCAAGGCUUUCACCUUUGAUGAUGAAGAUGAUGAGCUCUCACAGUUAAAGGAAUCUAAACGGGCAGUGAAUAGCCUUCGAGACUUUGUGGACGACGACGACGAUGAUGACCUGGAGCGAGUCAGCUGGAGUGGGGAACCUGUGGGAAGUAUCUCAUGGUCCAUCAAAGAGACUACUGGUAACAGUGGGUCAGCCCAUGAUGUACGUGAACAGCUAAAAGGCCGAAACAGCUUCUCCUCCUAUGCACAAAUACCCAAACCAACUUCUACCUACUCCCUGAGCAGCUUCUUUAAAGGUAGAACUAGACCUGGAAGUUUCCAGUCUCUUUCUGAUGCUCUGUCAGAUACACCUGUCAAAAGCUAUGCUCCAGAGCUGGGGAGGCCCAAGGGGGAGUAUAGGGAUUACAGCAACGAUUGGAGUCUCAGUGACACUGUGCGACGCCUCCGGAAGGGCAAGGUCUGCUCACUAGAAAGAUUCCGCUCCUUACAGGACAAGCUACAACUCCUAGAAGAGGCAGUCAGCAUGCAUGAUGGAAAUGUCAUUACUGCAGUCCUGAUCUUCCUGAAGAGGACACUGAGCAAAGAGAUCCUCUUCCGAGAGCUGGAGGUGAGACAGGUUGCCCUGAGACAUCUCAUUCACUUCCUUAAGGAAAUAGGUGACCAAAAGCUGCUUUUAGAUCUCUUCAGGUUCCUAGAUAGAACAGAAGAGCUGGCGCUAUCCCAUUAUCGAGAGCAUUUGAACAUUCAGGACCCCGAGAAACGAAAAGAAUUUCUUAAGACCUGCAUUGGUUUGCCAUUUUCAGCAGAAGAUGCUGCACACAUUCAAGACCAUUACACCCUCCUGGAACGUCAGAUCAUUAUUGAGGCAAAUGAUCGACAUCUAGAGGCAGCAGGACAGACCGAGGUCUUCCGAAAGCAUCCCCGCAAGGCUUCCAUUCUCAACAUGCCACUAGUGACCACGCUUUUCUACUCCUGUUUCUAUCACUACACAGAGGCUGAGGGGACAUUCAGUAGUCCUAUCAACCUGAAGAAGACAUUUAAGAUCCCAGACAAACAGUAUGUGCUGACAGCCCUGGCUGCUCGUGCCAAGCUUCGAGCCUGGCAUGACGUGGAUGCCCUCUUCACCACGAAGAACUGGCUUGGUUAUACCAAGAAGAAGGCACCCAUUGGCUUCCAUCGAGUUGUGGAAAUUUUGCACAAGAAUAGUGCCCCGGUCCAGAUAUUGCAGGAAUAUGUCAAUCUGGUGGAAGAUGUGGACACAAAGUUGAACUUAGCCACUAAGUUCAAGUGCCAUGAUGUUGUCAUUGAUACCUGCAGGGACCUGAAGGAUCGUCAGCAGUUGCUUGCAUAUAGGAGCAAGGUUGAUAAAGGAUCUGCAGAGGAGGAGAAAAUUGAUGCCAUUCUCAGCAGCUCGCAAAUUCGAUGGAAAAAUUAAGUGGCAUUAGUUUCCCUGACACCUGCCUCAUUUCUUCCUUUCCUGCCUGUGAAAAUAGACAGUUCUCUUCUUUGGGAGACUACAGCAUCACACCACUUGGACCCAUCAUCAACAGCAGUGCCUGCUGCUCUUGGGACAGAAGCCAGUACCUGGGCACAGGUAGCUUUUAGACUGAUCUAUCCAAGGGACAUCAUGUAAGGGUCAGUUUCUAAUGCUGUGACUCAUGAGAAAGAUACUUUCCACCUGGUGCUCAUGUGAAGGUGGGAGCGAUAGUGAGUAAGAUCUCUCUUGGUCUGAGAAAAGUAACUGCUCCAGGAAGGAUGCUUCAUAGACUAAGAGGUGCAAGAGCAGCCGCAGGACGGCUACUCCGUUCCUCUCAGCCAAUCAUCCAGGACCUGGUGCUGGACGUUGGCAGUUCUUCUCUGAAGGAAGUCAGAACAAAACCAAAAUGACUGUCUUCCAAGGGCCUCAGGAAGGCGUGCCAGUAUUGCUCAGGACCUGCUGGAGACACAUUCAAGCCAGACUGCACAGUGCCCUGAAAAUUACAACAGCCACUGCCUAGACGUUGUUUCUUCAGCCAGUAUCUCUGCUGCUUCAGGCUACUCUUUGUCCAAAAACUUAGGGUUCUUUCUCACCUGCACACUGAGAUGACCUAUUUGGGUGAUGAGACAGCCCCCUUAUCUUUUCCUCUAAUUCUGUCCCAGACUACAACCUAUAUGAAGCUCAGAAUUAACAGUGCUGGAGAGCUCUUCCUUUAGUCAAAAAUCUCCUUUCAUCAGAAGCAUUCAGAAGUUUCACUGAGCUAAAAUUGGCAACAUUUGUGGUCGGAUAUUUAGAUUGAGGCUUUAUUUUCAUAUCUGACUUUUGAGAGGAUGUUCUCUAAUGCUAGGUUCUGCUCUGUAUCAGUAUCAUCUUUCUGUGACUGAAUUGGGUUUCCCUGUCAUGCCUGGACUCCUAAUAAAACUGUUUCAUCCUUGGUGCCUUCUCUUCCCCACUGUUUGUAAUGUGCUGAAUGGUGAAAUAAUUACUUGGUAUCUUGUCUGUGUCCAUGACUGCAUUCAGCAGCCUAUCAGGUUAACAGUGCCUAUGGCAAAGUAGGAUUGUGUGACUAAAAGAAAGAGCACCAAGCUGGGAGACAAGACCUAACUUCUUUUCCUAGCUUUGCACUGACAAACUGUAUGGCACUAGGUAAGUUUCUUUCUCUUUGGACUCAUUUUUAUCUGUAAAAUGAGGGCAUGACAAUCUAUGACCUUGUAGUGUUCUACAUUCCUGUGACUAGAAUGGGUGAAAGAGUAGGAGGUAAAGAGAUGAUGCUCAGACAGAGGCACACAGCACACUUUAAAGCAA